GGGCCUGGGCCGGGCCUUCCGCCCGCGCCGCGCCUCUCCCUUUCUCCUGAGUCUCUGCAGAAGCUGGGUCACCGCGGGGGCUGGCGGUUUGGGCCGGCCUGUCCCUUCCUUUUCAACUCGGAUGUCUUCUUAACGACUUGGAAGCGUAUAGCCGAAUUAGAAGGGAAACUUCACAUGUAAUAAAUUACCCGGAGUUAUUAGUGGAGCUAAUAAUCGACGGUCCGCCUUUGUUAUUGUCUCGUUACUUAACGAGGGACUGCGGACUCUGCUCCUCUCCUUGAGUCACCGUAUUCUGUCGACAGACAAAGCAGAUUAUUUAUGAGACAGCCGUCAUUAACCAUGAAGAAGCUCUGCAGUUCCAAUAAUUAAAUAAUUGGGCUUGGGGUAUUUUCAGUGGUGCGUCCUACUGGGCCCUGUGUUCAGUCCCUAGUGUAAGACACACCUGCAGAAAGCGUUUUUAAGUUAUAGUAUAGCAUUGAUGGUUUUCUUCGGGUUCAGAGUUGAAUAAUAAUGGACGGAGAAUUAAAAUUUUGACACAAACACUUGCUGGGAGUUACCGAUCAUCUUCGUGGGAAAAUCAUGAAGUCCCCCUGUGUCGCUGCUCUGAUGCUGGCCGGGCUGAUGUUCCUGAUGUGGCUCCCGGGGUCUCUGAGCUGCAACAAAGCGCUCUGCGCCAGCGAUGUGAGCAAAUGCCUCAUCCAGGAGCUGUGCCAGUGCCGGCCCGGCGAGGGGAACUGCUCAUGCUGCAAGGAGUGCAUGCUGUGCCUGGGCGCCCUGUGGGACGAGUGCUGCGACUGCGUCGGGAUGUGCAACCCACGAAACUACAGCGACACCCCGCCCACCUCCAAGAGCACAGUGGAGGAGCUGCACGAGCCCAUCCCCUCCCUCUUCCGGGCGCUCACCGAAGGGGACACCCAGCUCAACUGGAACAUCGUGUCCUUCCCCGUCGCGGAGGAGCUUUCUCAUCACGAGAACCUGGUUUCUUUCCUGGAAACUGUAAACCAGCCCCACCACCAGAACGUGUCUGUCCCCAGCAAUAGUGUUCACGCACCUUACUCCAGCGACAAAGAGCACAUGUGCACGGUGGUUUACUUCGACGACUGCAUGUCCGUCCACCAGUGUAAGAUCUCCUGUGAGUCCAUGGGCGCCUCCAAGUACCGCUGGUUCCACAACGCCUGCUGCGAGUGCGUCGGGCCCGAGUGCAUCGACUACGGCAGCAAGACGGUCAAGUGCAUGAGCUGCAUGUUCUGAGGGAGAGGGGUUCGGCCACAGCCAUUCAGUCGUGAAGGAGAGUGAGGAGAGUCACUCAGGACUUUGGAGUGAGUUACUUCUAAAGUACGACCUGCCCGGGAGUGUGCUAACUUGUGUGACUGUGCAGCACUUCCUGUCUUUCCCGCCCGCUGGCAGCACCUCCCUUCCCUGGAACAGGUGCAGUUUGGCCAGACGGGAAGCAGGUGUGCAGCGUCCCUUGAAACGCCUGAGGCUCUAACAGAAAAUCUGGUGCUGUUUUCCUCCCAUCCACUCCCUUCUGGCUGCCGGAGUGUGAGCAGGAGCCUGGGACGGGAGUUGUGAGCGGUCCACGCGUGGCCUGGCUAGACCGAGAACUCUGCGAUGGCGCCGACUCAGACCUGCCUUUCACAGAGCCCACGCGGAAACUCCACGGCCCAGACCCUCCUCGUUGGUUUCAGAAGGCAGGUGCUUUCUGGCUUUCACAGUUAAGAACCCCCACCUAGCGGAGUCCUUCCUGUAGUGCACUGGCUGACUCUGCUGUAGGGACCUUGUCCCUUCCUCUCCCGCCCAUCCAGGGUGCUGGUGUCACCUGAAGGAAGUCAUCCCUGCCGGGGACUGGCUAGUGGCUGCGGCCCUGGGCUGGGGGGCGCCUGCCACGUCAGCGCCACACGGCAUGAGAGCGACCGGCUGGGCAGCAGGUGUGUGACAGGAGGGGAAGCGAAGAGGUUCAGGGAGAGGCACAGGGCAGGGUGAACGCUGGGAGCUAGCAUGAAAAGCUAAGUGUUUAUGCCGCUGUGUUAUUUUACUUUCAUUUGCUAAGUUUAUAUCUGGAUCUAAUGUUCUGAUGAAGCAAGUAGCAUCAUGCUGCGGGAAGUGAAGAUUCUGAAUUUUAAGAUCUCUGCUGAAGAUGAAGUCCACUCCAAAUACCUACAGCACUCCCCCGCUGGGCUCCUGGCGGCUUACUCACCCGGGUCCUGCGCAGCUGGAGGCCCAGCUCCAGCAGACUCCCGACCGGAGCAGAGCUAUACCGCGCGAGAGCUAGGGCGCACAGUCACAGGUUUCUCCAGUGCAUUGUGAACAAGUAACUUUUUAGGGGUACUCCUUAAUAUGUCUGCAUCUUUUAGUAUAUAAAAUAGAUAAUGAUCUGGGAGCUGUUGUGCACUAUUACCCGAACACUAGUUAGAUCAUUUGAGAUAGUACAAUUAUUAUACCUGAUACCUUUUCUUCUCUUCCACAUAACUCUAAUGAGUAUUCAAGGUACAUUCACCUUUUAAGAAGUUGUGAUUUAACUCGCAGAAGUAUAUUUUACUAGGAAAAUACUGAGGUGUCCUUUCUUACUUACCUAGAGUGCCUCUGUUCAAAGAGCCUUAAAAAUUCAUCAGCUCUCUUCUUCUGCUCUGAGAAAGCUGAGGUUUUCUUGAACUCACAGAGAGGAAAUGUUAAAGGAAUCUGCAUCACUCCAACCUGCUAGUUUUCGGGUUAAUGUGGCACCUGAGUGGAGGAAUGCUUUUCUGUGUUUGUUUAUUGGCAACAUUCGUAAUAUUUUCUUCACGAUGCCAGCAAACGUUUUAACUGCAUUUAUCAUUUUUUAAGAUCUUCAUUAUUAAAGAGUCAGUAUUUCUUUUCUACUCCUUAAAUUUCACAGUGGAUAAUUUUGGAAACCACAUUACUUCAUCUGAUUUUUCAUCGCCCUCUUUCUCCUGGUAGAAAGUAUCCCCAGCGGGGUGAUCUUUCAUAUUUAAGCUUGUUUAUUUCUUCUGGUUUGCAAGAGAUUGAGAAAAAGACAGAAUUCACCUGAAAGCUUCCAUUUCCAGUUCUGAAAUGCAUUCAGGGUUCUGAGUAAUACUGCUUUUUUCAAACUGAAAGUAACACAUGGGAGAAGCCAGUAGUCUCGCUGCAACUUGGACCCUUCACCAUUCCAGCAUAUUCAUUCCUGUAUUGAAGGUUUGGUAACAAUUCCUUUUUGUUUUUAAUAACAAAUUAGCCUGUUACCUCUAUUGUAAUCAGAUCUCAAAACACUAGAUUUUUAAAUCAGUAGUGCUGUCAAAGCUGUGUAUAAAAAGCCUUUCCUACGUUAUGUGCGUGCCCACAGGCAGCUCUGUUUUCCCCAUAACAUUUCAUCAUCCCUGCAGCUGUUUUCAUAAUUGUCACACCAAGUCACAUGAUCGUUCAAAUAAAAUCUAAAGUCUGUUUCCCUAAGAGGCAGGUCUUUGUGUAGAAAUACGAUUCUAAAGUUUUGGAAAGCAAAACUGUUAGACUGUUUGAACAAAUAUUUAUAAAUUAAAACGGCAUCAAAAUAGAGAAAAGAAACUAAAACUUUUUUGGAAAAUUGCAUAAUCAUCACAAGGCACAUUUUUAGCUUUUUAUGAAAGCUUUUUGAAGGGCUUCAAAAUAGUCAGCACCCCAGUGUCUGUGUUCACUGUAUUUCUCAUGACCGAUGACGAAGAAAAGUGUGUUUUCUGUGGUUGUCUUUAGAAAGUAAGAACUAUUUUAAUAAAAAAGUGA